AUGGGAUCAAAGACCGAUCUGCUAUGGUCAACCAUAACCUUGCCAUGCGGCGCAGUGAUUCCAAAUCGGUUUACCAAAGCCCCCAUGGAGGAAAUGCUGUCGACUUUGGGCGGGGGUAAGCCAAAUGACGACGUGUACCGUCUCUACAAAGCAUGGGCUGACGGUGGCUGGGGCUUGAUUAUCACGGGAAAUGUCGCUGUGGAUCGCCGCUACAUCGGCAUGUUCUUUGAUAUGGUUGUGCCUGAUGCAGGCAAUGAAAAAGUCGAUGCCGAGUAUCUGACGGAGUUCAUCAAAUAUGCACGCGCCACAAAGGGCUUUGAUGUCGGUGACGCACGCGCUGACUCCUCGCCACCGGACGGACGCCGCCCAUUGGCAGUCGUGCAGCUUGUGCACUGUGGGCGUCAAUCGAUGCGCUGCGCAUACAGAAUGCCAUGGGUUCCAGCUGUUGCACCUUCUGUUGUGCCUGUUCAGACAUUCAGAGAUAAGCGUAGCUGGUUCGAUGCCAUCAUGUUUGGCACACCACAUGCAUUGACUUUCGAUGAGGUUCAGGAUGUGAUUCAUCGCUUCAUCCGUGCUGCCGUCUUCAUGGAAAAGGCGGGCUUCGAUGGCAUUGAGCUUCACGCUGCUCAUGGAUACCUACUCUCGAGUUUCCUGAGUCCAAAGACCAACCUUCGAGACGACGAGUAUGGCGGCGAUGCUGAGCGCCGCUUCCGUAUAAUUCGGGAAAUUAUCGAGGGAAUCCGAGAGAAGGUCUCGCCAAAGUUUGUCGUUGGCAUCAAGCUAAACUCCAGUGACUACAUUCAUGGUGGACAGACGGAGGACGAUGCACUGCAGAACGUCAAGUGGCUGGCAGAGACCAACAUGGUGGACUUUGUGGAGGUGAGUGGCGGUAGCUACGAGUCGCCAGCAUUCGCCGAGAGUGCCUCAGAGCGAACGAAACAGCGCGAAGGAUUCUUUGUUGGAUUUGCGCAGCGCGCACACAGUAUCCUUCCAUCUGGCUGUCGAAUGUGCAUCAUUGUUACGGGCGGCUUCCAAACACGCGCUGGCAUCUAUGACACCCUAGCAUCUGGUGUGGCAGAUUCUGUUGGCAUUGGACGCCCAGCAUGCCUCGAACCACACUUGCCUCGCAAGUUAAUGGAUUCGACUGUUUCAGAUGAGGAUGCCAAGGCGGUUGUGUGGAAGCCCCCAGCACCACCCGUAUUUAUUCCGAAGUUGCCACUUGCUGGAUUCGGCUGGGCGACCAUGUGGCACUCUGCUCAACUGCAUUUGAUCGCACAUGGAGAUCCGACGGAUCCUCAUGCAAGUAUGGGAUCAUUCUUCUACAACUUGCACUUUUGGAAGUAG